CCUGUUUGUAGGUCCCUGCUAUUUGAAACCUUGCGAUGUAACCACGGUUACCGUCAACAAUAGAUCCAUCCAGGGGGGACAGCGAGAAACACGUAUUGUGAGGCGCUAAUAUAACACACUUUUGCGCCAUGGCCUUACCUUUUCUACCCGGAAAUUCUCCAAAUACACACCUGCUGAAGGAGAAAUUCCACAAAUCCCAACAUUUCGACUACUCGAGCGGAGUUCCUUCGGAGAAGCCGGGCAUCGGAGGCGAGCUGUUGCCGGGACGGCGGCUCAAAGCCAACUCUUCCGUCUAUCCCGAAGUAGCGACGGGCGGUUUGCCGCCGUGGCUCGCCUUUGACAAACAGGCGCUGCGCUUUGAGGCGUACUUCCGGGAAGCGGUGCCGGAGGCUCCCAAUGAGACCGACAGAAUCCGGACGUGUCAAAUCUACUUUUACCCGGAAGAUGAUACCAUACGAGUGGUCGAGCCCGAGUACAAAAACAGUGGACUUCGUCAAGGGACUCUGAUUGGUCGCCAGCGCAUCCCACUGCCGCCCCCCAAACACGAGCGCUUCUACGGCGUCUUCCACUUUAACCUCAACCGCCAGAUGGCGCUGUUCUCGCGCACCUUCACGGUGACCGACUGCGACCGGUUCACCAGGGACUUUCUCACCAAAUGCGGCGUCCUCCUCAACGAACCGGUCGCUGUGCCCCAAGACCCCUACCGUGGCCUCCGGGAGAAGAUGGAGAAGAGCGUGAGUCCAUUGCGGCCGUACGAGAGGCGAGACACCCUCAAGCAGUUCUUGGAGCACGACGGCAAAGUGCUGCGCUUCCUGUGCUUGUGGGACGACGAGCGGGCGGCGGGCGGCGGCCCGCGCGAGCUGCUGCUGCGCUACUUCGUGGCCGACGACAGCGUGGAGAUCCGCGAACGCGGCGCCUCCGCCGCCGCCGCGUUCCUCCGGCGCGGCAAACUGCCCAAGCAAACUCGGAAGCACUCGGCUCUCCCCGGACAGCCGAGCGAGCGCACCGUGCUCGACGUGCCGGCGUCGACCUUCCCCUUGCAGACGGGCGCCAUCCGCGAGGAGUUCUACAAGGACUGCGAUUUGACGCUGGGCGGCGAGCUGAACGUGUGGGGCAGGAAGGUCGUCAUCGCCGACUGCGAUGACUUCACGAAAGACUUCUACCGCUCCAAGUAUGGCAUAGAGCACUUCGAGCCGGUGCGGUACAAAAGUCCGGCGGCCCCCGAACCCCCCGGACCGGUCCCUCCUUAUAAUGGCUUCGGCUCCGAGGAGGACUCGCUCGGCUCCUGCCGGCGCCUGCCGCCCAAACCCCCGCGGAAGGAUCUCCUCAAAUUCCUGCAAUACGACAGAUGUGGCCUUGAGAGUCAUGUGCUCAAGUUCUACGCCAAGAUGGUGAGCGGCAGUCAAGCGGACAGCGGCAGGGAGUUCAUCGUCUGCUUCUACCUGAGCGACGACACCAUCGGCGUGUUUGAGCGCUCCCGGAAGAACUCAGGCGUGCCGGGCGGCAUGUUUCUGUCGCGCCGUCGCGUCACGAAGCCGGGCCGGGAGCGGUUUAAGAAGGAGCCCCGCCGCUACGUCGGCGCCCCAGAUCUGCACGUCGGGGCCACCCUCGGCCUGAACGAGCGGCGAUUCCGGCUGCUGGAUGCUGACGAGUACACCCUCGACUACAUGGAGCGACACGCUGAGCAGUUCCCCAAAGCCAAUUUAGGCGCCAUCCUGGCUAAACUUCGGUCCAUUCCGGAGGAAAAGCAGCGAGAGAUCAGGAACUUUCUGACCCUUCGCGACCCCGCCGACACUGGAUUUGUCACCUUUGACUCCUUCAGGGGCCUGCGGACGGCGACGGAGUGCGGGCUGAGCGAGCACGAGGUUUUGGUCCUGGGCCGCUCUUUCGCCGAGCGCCGGCGGCCCGAAGAGGACGUCGGCCCGACGCCGGCCGAGGCCCGGCGCGUCCUCAAGAAGAAAAACUUGGAGCGGCCGCCCGACGUGGCCGAGUUUGAUGUGACGCUUCGACGUGAUGCCAGCGGCGGGAAAAAGAUCAAUUACUCCUCCCUGCUGCGGGAAGCCUUCCCCGCCGUCUCCGGCGCGGCCCACCCGUCCACGUAGAUGAGUUAACGCAAGAAGACGAAGGAGUGUGCGUGAGGAUGAAGAUCCCAAAAAGCGGGUUGACUUUCAAACCGAACCGCAUUCCGGGUCAAGGCGGAAUUGGAACGGAGCUUCCGCCGUGAAAAGGGAAUUGAUAGAAAAGAGAAAAUGGCGGCCGUCAGCUCACCGCUGCCGAAACAGCAGGUACUAACGAGACGCUCACGUGCGGUCCGGCUGACACGAGACCGCUUCGCGUGGGUUUUGCCAACGCUGACUUGGCGACUUCUUGAAGUCGAUGGGGAUUUCUUCAUUUUUUGGAAUUCCUGAUUUUGUGGCUUUUAUGAGCUGGAAGCCCAAAUGAUGUCAAAAUAAACAAAGAAAUACUUCAAAUGAU